AUGGCAUUGUGCUACACAUUAAUUGUGACGUACUGUCUGGUAGUUUUAGGAAGAGCGGACACUGGGAACCCAGGAGCAGUGGUGAGAAUCACACAGAAGGGACUGGACUAUGCUCGCCAGAUAGGAAUCGGCGUCCUUCAACAGAAGUUGUCAAGUAUUCAGCUGCCAGAUUAUUCGGGGUCCUAUGAUGUGGGGAUCCUGGGAAGCGUGCAUUAUGACAUCUCUGGCAUGGCUAUAACCAGCGUCCAGCUGCCCAGCUCACAAAUUACGUUUGUUCCCAACGUUGGCCUUAAGGUUUCUAUUGAUCAGGCUUUUAUUGAAAUACAUGGACGAUGGGGAGUAAAGUACUUGUUUGUGUCAGACAGUGGUGACUUCAACUUGAAGGUCUUAAGAAUAUCCAUUGCUGUUGGUCUAAGUUUAGGAAGUGAUGGAUCUGGUAGGCCAACGGUGUCCACCUCUGACUGUAGUGCACAUAUUGGGGACAUGCAAGUACACUUCACAGAUACCAUCGACUGGCUCGUUAACCUCUUUGAUGACGCCAUCGCAUCAUCCCUAAGACAAACUAUGGAAAAUCAGGUGGUGGGAUUCAAGAACUCGCUGGUCUCUCCAGAAAUCUCUUUCUCUGAUUAA